AUGGAGAUGAUUACGGGGGCAGCCCCAGGCUGUUCUCGAUUUACGCUGAUGCACGAUUAUGACGAUCAUCUCAAGCUGCAUCAUCGCGUCCUAUCACCAAGCCUGGGUGCGCCUGCAGCGGCCAAAUUUCAGCCGCUGAUGGAAUACGAGGCCAGACAACUGCUCUUUGACCUCGCUACUGCCUUAAGGAAGUCCACAGACGGUUUCACAAUUACUACGAAGACCAUCUACCCUUUACUCGAGCGAACCCAGUCUAGCGUCAUCCUUGCCCUUCAUUAUGGCCUCCGCAUACCCAAGUUUGAAGAGCCACUUCUCCAUGAGGUUAUUGCCAUCCGAGCGAAAGUCACUCACUUUGCCGCAAAUCCUCAGCUUCCAGACCUUGUGCCCUUCCUUCGUUACUUGCCCGCCUUCAUCUCCCCGUGGCAAAAAUAUGCUGACAAGCUCUACACUUCUCAGGUCGAUCUGUAUAUGCGCCUAUUUCGCCUCGACCAGUUCGUUGGCCCCGAACGGCUUCCUAGAUUCUCGGACCGGAAUAACCUCGUCUACGUUGAUGCUGUCGCACAUGAACUGUUCCGCUGGCGGCCUAUAUCUCCAGGGUCUAUUCCACGACGUGUGGACCGUACUGACAAAUUCGAUGGCGUGAAGAUUACCAAAGACGUAACCAUCAUGGCAGACGCAUGGACCAUUGGCCGCGAUGAGGUGGUUUUUGACGCUUCACUUGGUGACGCACAAGAUCUUGUCCCUGAGCUCUGGUUAUGCAAUCGAAAGCUUCGCGACGACCUUCCACUUCCUGUGUUUGGCAAGGGUCGAAGGAUUUGCCAAGGAAAGCGUGUUGCUACAGACGAAACUUUCAUGAACAUCGCGCAUCUACUCUGGGCGUUCGAUGUAGAGGCUCUAGAGGAUGAGGAAGUGGAUCCGUAG